CAUACAAUUUAUUUUUUAGUUUUUGUUGCUUUUAUUCUGUCAAACUAUAUCGUAUAGUUUUUUUUUGUAAAAAGAUGGUCCUGACACAGAAAGAAACCCAUGCGUUGGUUAGAGAUUUUUACAAAUUUGCGAAAGAAAAAUCGAUGGUUGGGAAACCGAUUGACAGAUCGAUUUUAAAGUCGGGAAUUUAUACUGAAUUCAAAGAAAUUAGAGUUUCAAACAAUUUGAAGAUUACAAGCCUGGGAACUGUUCUUCACUUUUUAAAACGAGAUGGAUAUGCAAAGUCUGAAGGAAGAAUGACAAUUACUUUGAUAUCAAGCUCGACAAAUCCUACUCCAAAGCCGGAUGUUGUUGCUGAUGCGAUGGCAGUCGAAAAACGAAGAAGACGAAAUAAGAAAGACAAAGCUAAAGAAGUUUUCAAGCAACUUUCAAACUAUGUUGAGCAUGGCAGUGAAGAAACUAAAAGCCUCGAAGUUAUAGCCGUCCAUCCAAGCUUUAUCUGUAAUGAAAAAGGAUCAAUUCAGUUCAUUCAUUCGGUUGAAAACAAGGAAUCUACGAUGAGAAUUCAAAUUAAAAACAAUUCAUCUAACAAUAUACUCAUCUACAAUUGUAGAGUCUUAUCGAAACAUGCCGAGUUUGAUAUAACUGAUAUAUUUCCAGAGGGAAAGAAAAAAAGAAGGAUAAGACCUGGUCGUGAAACUACUAUUAAAAUUAUGUGUAAAAGUUACUUGGAGAAUGUAGGUGCAUUAACAACUGAAUUACUGUUACAGUAUUGCUCAACGGAAUCACCAAAAAGAAAAAUGCUAACUCGGGUUUAUUUCAUACGCUUUGAAAAAUCCAAUGAUUUAGUUAAAAAGUUGAUGCCAAAAAAUCCAUAUGUAAAGCCUGUUACUACUGUAAGAAAGCAAUAUACUGAGAUUGUUCCAGGAGUACGUCCACCGAGUUUAUCAACUGACAAAUUGGAAAGAAAGCUUAAAUUAGCCGAAUUCAAUAUUCCGACAAAUGUGAAAAAUGCUCUGAAUGAAGGUGCUUUUGUUCGAGAUGCCCAACCUUCUGGUUACAAAGCCAUGAGAGAAUUAAUUGAGGCUUCGUUGGAUAAAAGCAAUUACGCAGAAAAGUUUCAUCUCUUGCUUUAUCUUGAAGAACUUCAAAACAUUGUUGACAUUCGUCGCUAUGAUAUGUCAUCAGUAAGAAUGACGAAAGAGGGGAAAAUGCUAUUUCUUGAAGUCCCAGGACUGGCUGAAAAAAGGCCUUCAGUGCUACGGGGCGAUCGCAUUUUCGUCGCUGUGAAAGAUGCAAAUGGUUCAGAAAUAAAGAAAGAAUACGAAGGUUAUGUUCACCAUGUUGAACGGGAUAGGAUUGCCUUGGGUUUCAACCAGAGCCUCCUUUCGAAGCAUACAAAUAAAACAAAAUACAGCGUUCGUUUCACCUUUAAUCGUUUGCCAAUGAAAUUAGCUCACAGAGCUGUAGGAAUGAGAUUUUCUGAUCAGAUGAUUUUUCCUCGUAAAUGCAAUGCUCUCUAUUCUGAUAUUAAAAUCAGAAAAGACGAACUGAAGAAUGUGAAAAUAUCGUUAAAUCCUGAGCAAACUAUGGCUGUGAAUAAUAUAGUUCGUGGAAAAUCAACUUCAGUGCCAUAUAUUGUGUUUGGACCACCAGGUACUGGGAAAACUGUCACUAUUGUUGAAUCAAUUCAUCAAAUUAUUCGUUUUUAUGAAGGAUGUCAUGUACUAGUUUGUGCGCCCUCCAACAGCGCAUGUGACCAUUUGACCAAAUUACUACUAGAAAACGUUCGCCAUGAUGCAAUAUUCAGAAUGCAUGCAGCCUCUCGUGCUUGGAAAGAUGUUCCACAUGAAAUACGCCAUGUCUCCAAUUAUAAAGACCGGGAGUUCUAUUUUCCACCGAAAAGAGAUCUCAGUAACUAUGAAAUCAUUGUUUGCACUUUAAUCACCUCUGGUCGACUUGUAUCUGCGAAGUUUCCUGAUGAUCAUUUUACGCAUAUCUUUGUGGAUGAGGCGGGACAAGCGACGGAGCCUGAAUGCAUGGUUGCAUUGGCUGGAAAUCUUGCUCAGGGAGGACAGGUAGUUUUAGCUGGCGAUCCAAAGCAGUUAGGACCUGUUAUCAUGUCUGCUGCUGCUAGGGAAUACGGACUCGGAAUUUCGUACCUUGAACGACUCAUGGAAACAGAAUUACUGUAUCAGAAAGAUCCUGAAACUCAGUCUUAUAAUCAACAGCAUAUCACGAAACUCCUAAACAAUUACAGGUCACAUAAAUCAAUAAUAAAAGUUCCUAAUGAUUGUUUCUACGACAGCGAAUUGCGAUAUUUGGCAACUGAAGUACAAUCUUUUUGUAAGUGGACAUGUCUUCCUCAACUAGGCUUUCCUGUCAUCUUUGAAGGUAUUUGUGGUGAAGAUUUACGUGAGAGCAGUAGUCCCUCAUUUUAUAAUCCACAUGAGAUAUCAGUUCUUGUCGAUUAUGUUCGCAAAGUCAUGGAUUUCAAAAUAGCCGCUCGGAAUAUUGGGGUGAUAGCACCUUAUCGAAAACAAGUAGAAAAAAUUAAGCGAGAAUUGUCCGAUCCAAACAUUAAAGUUGGCAGCGUGGAAGAAUUUCAAGGCCAGGAAAGAGAAGUCAUUAUCAUCAGCACCGUUCGUAGUGAUUCUAAACAUCUGUCUUUCGAUGCAAAACAUAAUCUCGGUUUUUUAACAGACGCAAAACGUUUUAAUGUUGCUAUAACUCGUGCAAAGUCACUGUUAAUAAUCAUUGGCAACCCUCAUAUUCUCGGCCUCAAUUUUUACUGGAAAACGCUUCUUGAAUACUGCAUAGAAAAGAACGCUUAUAGGGGAGUACAGUUUACUAAAGAUGAAAAAAGAAGUAUCGAUGUGGAUGAAAUUGAUAAUUUAAUGAACGAAAUGGAAGAUUUGGAACUUGAAGAUGAUUUCUCAGAUUCUGACUAAUUUUAUUGAAUUUUCCCAAAAAAUAGCUUCGUUCUUUUUUUCUCGUACUUGCUGUAAAUUCAAUUGUUUUGCUAUUAUCACUACAUUAUACAUUUCUUGUCGCAAGUAUUAUAUCAAUAUAUUUCAAUUUAAGUCGAAUUACUCAAUUGUUGUCUUCGAGCUGUAGUUUUAUCAAUGUUCCAAAUUUGAAUGUUGAUUCAAAAUUGUACGAAUUGUAAUGUUGCGAUUUUUAUGUAGUUUGACCCUCAAAUGAUUUUUAAAACAAAUUCAAUAUUAUUGUUUUAAAAAUAUUAACUAUUAGUAAAUUUUUUGACAUUUCGUAUAGUGCUUCCGAAAUUUCCACAUUGUUAAAAACUGUACUGUUCUUAUGUAUUACUAUUAUGCAAUAUUUAGCAUUUUUCAUUUCGAAUUCCUGCCUACUAAAUUGAUGAAUUUUUUAAGAGUCAUUGCACAUUGGUAUAGCAAAUAAUUUCUUUCAUCCAGCUCUCAAUUGGAGUCACAUAUGAAUAUGAUAAUAGCUACCCAGAGUGGGGUUAGUGUUGGCAACCACUCUCCAUAGCAAGUAUGCAAGCCUUAACCCCAGAUCACUAGGUUCUCACUAACACUCAGACAACUUUUUACUUAUUUUAUGUUCAACUAAGUAGUAUGGUUUAUGCUGCAUCACUCUGUACUUGCCGUACAGGGAUAUUCAAAACGGAAAAAAUUAAAAUCUAUUUUUAUUCUGAUUCCUGAUUUUAUGAAUCAUUUUUAUUAGUUGCGUUUAAAAUUCAGCAUUUCAAAUUCACCUUUCAUUUUAUCUGUGAAUGCUGAAAAAUAUAGAUAGAACAAUCGAAUUAUUUGUUUCCUUACAUUAUUUCCUAAUUUACUGAAUAUCCAUUAACUUCUGUGUUAAUUUGAUCAUUUAAAAAAUAUUUCAUAUUUUCGAAAAUACUGUUUUGGAUCGUAUUUAGAAUAAAUGGUAAAUCAUUUUCAUAGUAUGUCUACAAGCACCAUGGUAUCUCCUAUAUGUUUUUAUCAAUCAUUUUUGUAGUCCGUUAUGGUGAUUCUGAAGUCGAUAUAAAAAUUGACCUAAAACUAGGAUAAUCAUUUUUUUCAUUGCUCUUAAUUCAGUGCUUUGCUUGCUAAUACACUUUAAAUAUAAAAAAAAUACUUUUU